CUCCUAUCUCAACUUCUAUCUCCCAACUUUACGUCCUUUGUUCGCUCAACCAUAUUCAUCUCGUCAUGAAGUCUUUCGUCGUUCUCGCUGCCCUUCUUUCGCUUGUGACUGCUGCUCCGGCCGGCAAGCGAGCUCAAGUUUGCAACCUUUCGGCCAUCUCGGAUUUGUCGAUCGUGACUGCAUCGGAUCCUUCUGGCACGAUCCGUUGGGACCUCUUCGACGCUGAUGGAUUCGGAAUCCAGUCUGGACAGCUGGCAUGGUUUCAGGAAAGCCAGCCGGACGGUCCCGCCAAGUUCAGGGCGGUCGGUUCGACCAACGGUCCUACGAUCUUCACCUUCCAGCGCAGUACCGAUUCUGCGGAGGUUGCCCAAUCCGGAUCCGGGUUCGCUUCUGGAAGUGGCACCGAGUUCAUCGUAUCUUGCCCCGCAACCUGCAACCUUGGUGCUGGCUCUGGAGAGCUCGUAGCAGAUCAGUGCACGAUGGAGGUCAGCGACGGCAGCGGCGCCGGGACCGGUCAAUGUGUCUCGUUUAAUGGCGGUGCUCAGACGCCAGUAGCGAUUGGCACCUGCGACGGAUCGACCGCUCAGCAAGUCCUAUUUUUCAACAACUCCCCCGAGGUCUCCGACGAGUAG